UACGGAACUGACUCAACAAGAAGGGAAGGGCGCAGGGCAGCUGGCCCCCGCAACCACUACAGCGCUUACAUCCUGGCUGAAGCCACCGACUAAGACAUCCAACUGAUGUUUUCAGAUGAUAUUUAACGUUUUACUGCGCAUUCAGCUGGUCGGCUAGCUAGCCGUUGGUUGUCCAAUACCAUAGACCAACAAGAUGACCGAGUCGGUGGCUGACACUCGCCGACUGACUUCCCAACGUCAGGACCUGAGUGAUGCUUACGGGCCCCCCAGCAACUUUCUGGAAAUAGACGUAAACGAUCCACAACAGGUUGGAAUUGGACGACAGCGUUACACAACUUAUGCGGUUCGCAUGCGGACAAACCUUCCUAUUUUCAAACUGAAGGAUUCCCGUGUGAGAAGAAGAUACAGUGACUUUGAGUGGUUAAAGAAUGAGCUGGAAAGAGAGAGUAAGAUUGUUGUGCCACCACUGCCAGGCAAAGCCCUGAAGAGACAGUUGCCCUUCCGGGGAGAUGAUGGCCUUUUUGACGAGUCCUUUAUUGAGGAAAGACGAGUGGGCCUAGAGCAAUUCAUCAACAAAAUUGCAGGUCACCCGUUGGCCCAGAAUGAGCGUUGUCUUCACAUGUUCCUGCAGGAAGAAAGCAUUGACCGUAACUACAUUCCUGGAAAAGUAUGAAUGAAAUCGCAGAGUGCUGCCACCGUGUACUUUCAAUUCUGCGUCACUUCAUUAUCGAGCUGAUGGAAAAGCCAGAACUGAUAAACAUCAGUGAUACACACACAAAUCCACAUCCACAAGUAUGUUUCCCGGAGAAAUCCCAAGAGAUACAAUGCUUUAUGUCUUCAUUCAGUCGUUCCUCGUGUGUUAUUUUAAAUUCAUUGUUCCACUGAAAAUGAAAAAUGUUACAUUCACUGUUAUUUUUAUCCAAGGUAGAACUUUCUUCUGCAAUGAUUACUGCAAUUUUAUGAUUGCAUUGAUUUGAUGUUCAUGGAAAACAGUGUUUUUUUCUGCUUUCACUCAUACUGUCCUUUCCUCGUUGGGAUGUGGGUUUUGAGGACAGCUUUCCAGCAUUGAGCAACACGUAGCAUCAUGAGAAAGAGGGUGGCAUGUUUUUUCAUUCAGGUUGGCAUUUCCUUCCAAAUGUUCUUACACACUUGUAUCGAUCUACUUGUAUCGCAGUUAUUUUUUCUUUUUUUUUUUCUUUUCUUUUUUUACUUUGAUGCGUCAAUGCCUAUAUUUUGGCUGUGUUUUGUCGAAUCAGCUGUUGGGAAUGUUAAAUUAGGUAUAUAACCAUAUCUAAGCACUGUGACAAGAGGUUUAUUAUAUGAACAAUAUUUCAUUGUCUGAAAGUGUAAUCUGGUUUUCUUGAAAUGAGGCUGCACUUUUUCAGAUGUUGGUUCUUUCUGUCAUUAUUGUGAAAUGUAUUAACAUGUUGUCAUUGCCUUUCCACAAUGGGUGAUACAGAACUUUUUUCCUUCUUCUGAAAACCUAUUAAAUUUCCUGCUGCCUGCU